AUGGCCAAUCACCCCAUUGAUCCAAGCAAAAGAACAGUCAUUUCUUUCAGUGGGUCUACAACCCACACGGUGAAGAUGGGAAAGCAGAAGAAGCAGCUUUAUUGUGAUGAGUUUUGUCCCCGAUUCAAAGAGGUGGCGAUUUGGGCCAUACGAUUGCCGUUGCACACAACGAGGGACGUCUCUCAGAAUUUAUUACGUCCUACAAACUACCAAUGAACUGUCUAGUACGCUCUGGCAUACCUGGAGGAUCUGGUAAAAAAAACAAGAACCCACCAAGAUAUGUGACCCAAUUUGGUGAGCAAGUACAUGUAACAACCGAAGAUGCAAAUGACUAA